CAUACUACCCACUCCGUACUGUAUAAGAGACCGCGCGAGUAGAACCCCAUAGUAACCUCAGCUGACCGAGUGUAUUUAUGAGUUUCAGCAGUGAGUGUAAGCGUGUACAAAAGAGAAAGAGUGCGAGAGAGAAAGAGUAAUAUAUAGACAGGCAGCCCCAAGCGGGUUAAGUGUUUUAGCGAAUCCUAGGGCAGAUACUGAUCGCGAAUGCUAUUAUCAGAACGGUUCCGAAGAUCAACGCGCGCGCGUCGUCCUGCCCUGGAUCGUGGGCUUCGUCAGACGUUGAAAUUUUUUCCCAAGGAGUUCCCACAGGUUUUGUCCGCAAAGGUAUGUCAAUUUACGAAGAGUUGUCCAUCUACUGAAAACAAGUGAUAAGCGAAAAGUUCGAUUAGAUUAGAGGCAGUAUCGUCAGUGCGGUGUAUCGACAAGUUGUGUACAAACUGAACUUAUGAUACACGUGAAGAAGACGGCCGAGUGUUUGUGGUGAUCUUCGUGGAAAAGUGUUGGAGUUUGCUAUCACCACGCUUAGCUCAACCGGGUGAUGUUCUGGCAAAAAGAGAAGCUAACGGCCAUAAAGUGAGUGAGUCCAAACACACAUGGUGGUAAAAAUAGUCAACAAGUGUCAAAUUUAUAGUGAGGAAAACGGAAAAAAAUAACAUCACACACGCGGAAAAUAAACGCCCAACGAAAGUGGCUCUAGAGAGAAUACAAGAGUGACAAAAAGUGACCGCCGGCCGUUGCUGCAGAUAAAUAAAUUACCGACCAAUUAUAGCAUGAAAAAUAAAUAAAUAGAUCGCCUCAUUGUUGGGGUUGGCCACUGAGAAGAGGCUGACGACAAAGAGACGAGUUGUGAUACAAAUCGUAUGAUAGCGAUAUUAGCACUAAUUAAUUGCUCUAUAGGUGAUCGUAAAUUACAGCUCCAGGUCGCGCUGGUGAAUCCGAAUAGUUCUUUUCUUUAUUGUUUCAAUAACCACUGGCAUCAAAUGGUGAAUAACACUAAACAAGCCGACAGCGAUUCCCGGAUUAAUUAACCCCAAAAUUCGUCACCGACCAAAGGGUAUAUUUGUGUGUUCACUCAUCGGAAGCCGCAGUAUUACGUCAGUACGGUGCGGCCAGUAAUCUUCUGCAGUUUUAGUAGUAACCGGUAGCAACGGCGGCGGCGGUGGUGGCGACAGUGACGAAGACACAGACGACAACAACCAGCUAAUUAGUCACAAGCCGGCACAGGUGGUUGGUUGGCUAGAGGUGCCCUUGUGUGCUAGGACCAACCAAUCCUCUCAAUCGAUAACCGUAAGACAGAGCGGCACGGUCAGACGAUAAGAUCGGUUUCUUAUCAUUAGAAGAUGAUCAAACUAGAUUUAUGCUACUGAUGAGAAACCUGGACGAGAAUGCAUACGCCCUGUCGAUUAGUAACGGGAUAGCAACGGCCUCCCGUGUGAUUACUGUGAUACACUCUUUUAACCGGGGAGGAAAUCGCCCACACAAUUACGACCGUGAACAAUCAUGGACCACCAACAGGACCAGCAGAACCAGCUGGAAACGCAAUCGCUCAAUCCGGUACCGAACCGGCGAGCGAUCAACGAUCUGCAUUUCAAUGCAAUCAACACCAAUUAUAAGAACCAAAAUAAAUUGAAUAACAACAACGUAGUGGUACAAAGCGAUGAGUCAAAGGUACUGCUACUGCCAUCAAAUCAUCGUAAAUUCAUCAUCGUUCCAUCUCAGCCGGGUAGUGCCAUUGGCGGUAGUGCGGGUACCUCACCUCUAGCGCAAUUACCAGCGUCAACGUCGCAACCAACUAGUAGCAGUAAUUAUAAUAACACCAACGUCAGUAGCCAUAAUAGCCCCCAUGUCGCCAAGUUUGAAAUCGGGGAAAGCUCUUCCAGUGGGCCCAGUUCAAUGCUCAAUCCAGCGUUCCCCCUGGGACCCAGUUCCAAGCCGAAGCAAUUCCACAGUUUGAGAUCGGUACGUUCUGCCACGGACCGUAUGGGGAUCGCCGAUGCUCAUCUCCAGCCAACAAUCAUUCGCACCGGUUCGUACAUCUUCAGUGAUGCCGGCGGUACACCUAGGUUGUUCUCCGAUGCCACCUCGAUCCGAUCGUUGGCCUCAAUCGGCGUGGGGUCGACCGAUGGCCGACGGAUGGUGAUUCGUCGAGUGCCCAAUUCACCCACCGAGCUGCUAACCAUCAUCAACCCGCCAACCCCUCCGGAAGAACCGUACGACAAUGACAGCUACACGGGUGUCUCGGACGACUCAGACAUCGAUAACCUGAAGCCCCGAAAGCAGCACUGGGCCAACAAGAUGCAAUUCGUGCUGGCCUGCAUCGGCUACUCGGUAGGAUUGGGCAACGUUUGGCGGUUUCCUUACCUGUGCUACAAAAGCGGAGGAGGCGUCUUCCUAGUGCCAUAUUUCAUAAUUCUCCUAACCUGCGGUAUUCCGAUGCUGUUCAUGGAGCUUGCCGUUGGCCAGUACACGGGACGGGGGCCGAUCGGAGCAUUGGGGCAGCUUUGCCCAUUGUUGAAAGGCACCGGUCUGGCGAGCGUGGUCGUUUCCUUUCUCAUGUCGACGUACUACAGCGUAAUCAUCGCCUAUGCCAUCUACUACUUCUUCACAUCAUUUCGGCCGGAUCUACCGUGGGUUGAUUGCUCCCACCGGUGGAACACCCCGGACUGCUGGAUCCCGGAGCGCAUGAAGCAGAACAUCACUCGACCGGAAAUGUCUCGAACACCCACCGAAGAAUUCUUCGAGAACAAAGUCCUUCAGAUCAGUCACGGUAUCGAGUACCCCGGUGGACUUCGAUGGGAACUGGUGGCAUGCCUGGUUUGCGCCUGGAUCCUAAUCUACUUUGCCAUCUGGAAGUCGAUCAAGUCGUCGGCCAAGGUGCGAUACCUGACGGCGACGUUGCCGUUUGUGCUGAUCAUCGUCUUCCUGGGUCGAUCGCUCACGCUGGAAGGGGCCGACAAAGGUCUGAACUACUUUUUCCGCCCCAACUGGGAGGAGCUCGGUCGGGCGAAUGUCUGGAUCAAUGCAGCAGCGCAGAACUUCAAUUCGAUAGGUAUCGCAUUCGGUUCGAUGAUAUCCUUUGCCAGCUACAAUAAAUACAACAACAACAUUCUGCACGACACGCUGGCCGUGUCGUUUGUGAAUGCCAUCACUAGUCUACUGGUAGGUAUCUUUGCAUUCGCAACCAUCGGAAACAUUGCACUGGAACAAAAUACAACCGUGGAGGACGUGAUCAGUGGAGGUCCAGGCUUGAUCUUUGUGGUAUAUCCUCAAGCACUGGCCAAGAUGCCGGCAGCACAGAUGUGGGCCGUUCUGUUCUUCUUCAUGCUGCUGUGUCUGGGUUUGAACAGUCAGUUCGCCAUCGUUGAGGUGGUGGUCACUUCGAUCCAGGACGGUUUUCCUCGGUGGAUCAAGCGAAAACUAGUCUACCACGAACUGCUCGUGUUAAUCGUCUGUGGGGUUUCCUUCUUCGCCGGGCUGCCCAAUUUGAUACAAGGUGGUAUCUAUUUCUUCCAACUGAUUGACCACUAUGCGGCAUCGAUUUCGAUCAUGUUCUUGGCAUUCUUUGAAACCGUCGCCAUUGCUUGGUUCUACGGAAUCAAUCGGUUAUCGAAGAACGUCAAGCAGAUGACCGGAAAGUACCCGUCUUUCUAUCUCCGGUUUUGCCUGCUAGUCGCCGUACCGGCAAUGCUAAUCUCACUGUGGAUCUUCAGCUUGAUCAACUACGAAGCUCCGACGUAUCAUAACGGCAAGUACAUCUACCCGGGCUGGGCUCAUGGCCUAGGCUGGGCCAUCACAGCCGCCUCGUUGAUCUGUAUUCCAGCGUUUGCCAUCUACCAAAUUGCUCGAGCCGAAGGAGCUACGUUAGGACAGAAAAUCCUCAGCACUCUGAAACCAAACCUGUACGAGUGUAAGGUCUGCGGCGAGCAUCACUGUGAUCAUGACUUCCCGGAAGAAGACUACGGCAACGAGAUGGCCCUCGUUGAUUCGACUUCCGGAGCACCGUUGAUGCUUCAAGCUCCACCGCCGGGAAAUCCACCGGCACGGUUGAACGGUGACGGUAUGAACAACGCCCCGCACGAGGAAACAGAAAGGCGAUGAUUCCUGUUUUGCGAAACGUACAGAAACGCUUAUUUUAAACUACAAAAAUUCUCAUCACCAGUCGAACAGAAAGCCACAGGAGUAAAAAUCGAAAUAUAAACCAUAAUCGAAGGAGUUCCGAUUCAACGCAGAAAAGACAACUAGGUAGAUAAAUUACAAUUUCAAACAAAAGUGGAAGCAAGUCGCGAGAAUUAAAUUUCUAGAAUGUAAAUGCUAUUAUAAUUAUUUUAAAAACCCGAUUCAAUGUGAUGCUGUUUUGAUCCAUGGAAUGUUUAUGACGUUUAGGAAAUUAACUAGAUAACAUCGGUAUCACGUCUGGAGAACACGUACGUAGAUUUCGACGAUAGCCAAUACAAAAACGACAGUUAAACUUUUGAAAAAGGAAGCAACAGUUGUACAUUUUUUUGCCCGAAUAAAUCUGUCAUUAGUUUACAUUGAAAA